AUUUGUUCUAUUUUAUUUAUAACUACGUGACUUUACCGAAAGAACCGAAUAGUAUUAGCCUCGUGUUAUUUAUUAAAAUAUUCAGGAAGAUUCUACCGUCUUCCAGAAUACCUCUACCGUCCGUCUCCCUUUGACGUCUUCAGAAAUUGUCGCUGGAGCAGUGAAGGCCAACUUUAGAACACGCAGAGUGGGCUGGCGGUCGCGUCUUUUGGGCCACCCCCUGCAAACUCUGGCCGUGAUGAACCACGGCGGGGAGCUCGGGGUGCCGUGUGACGGGCAGGAGUGGGGGGGCACCUCGGAGGACGAGGCGGAGUGGAGAGAAAACAUCACCAACACCCCACGUGCAAAGUCUCUCCCGAGAUCCAUGGCCACCAACUUAGGAAGUAGAGUCAUCAUCCACGUGGACAUGGAUUGCUUCUAUGCCCAAGUGGAAAUGAUCCGGAAUCCAGAACUGAGAGACAAACCACUCGGGAUCCAGCAGAAGUACCUGCUGGUGACGUGUAACUAUGUGGCGCGGGCGAUGGGUGUCUGCAAGAUGAUGAGCGUGAAGGCGGCACAGAUGAAGUGCCCCGGGCUGGUGCUGGUGAGCGGAGAGGACCUCACGCACUACCGUGAGAUGUCCUACCAGGUGACGGAGCUGCUGGAGCGCUUCAGCCCGCUGGUGGAAAGGCUGGGAUUCGAUGAGAAUUACGUGGACGUCACUGAGCUGGUGCACAGGCGGCUGGGACGAGGGGCGACCUGCCAGGAGCCCCCCCGAGUGGAGGGACACGUCUACGAUGACUUGAGCCUGGACGCGAGCAUUCCCCACCACGUGCAGCUGGCCAUGGGCUCAGUGCUGGCAGCCGAGAUACGGGGUUGCCUCUUGUCCGGGCUGGGCCUGACGAGCUGUGCGGGGAUCGCCCACAACAAGCUGGCGGCCAAGUUGGUAGGGUCGGCACACAAGCCGAACCAGCAGACCGUCCUGCUGCCCGAGGGCAUGGCAAGCCUCCUCGGGCACCUCACCCACCCCAAGCAGCUGACAGGCAUUGGCUACAGAACCAGUCAGAAGCUGGAAGCUAUGGGUGUCGGCAGCAUGGAGGCGCUACGCUCAUGUCCCGUCGAGGUGCUGGAGAAAGCGCUGGGCUCCUCCACAGCCACCUUUGUGAAGAAUCUCAGCUGUGGGGAGGACAACUCUCCUGUGCUGCCCACUGGUCCCCCACAGUCUUUGAGCGAUGAGGACUCCUUCCAAAAGGCCUCCACAAAGGAGGAGGUUGUGGAAAAGAUGAGAGAGCUUCUAGGCAACCUGCUGCCAAGGCUACGGAAGGAUGGGCGCGUUCCUGGGACGGUCAGGCUCAGCCUCCGCCGCUUCACACCGGGGAUUGAGCGCUACUUCAUCCGAGAGAGCCGCCAGUGUCCCGUACCGGCCCACCUCUUCCUCCGCUUCCACGCAGGAGAUGUCUUGGAAGUUAUAGAGCCCCUUCUGGAAGUGCUGAUUAAGCUUUUCCACAAGAUGAUUGAUGUGGCAAAGCCAUUCCACCUGACUCUCUUGAACAUCUGCUUCUCCAAGCUGGGUGCGGCAGCAAUCAAGUCCGUUUGUAGUAAAUCCAUCGGAGAUUUCUUCACCUCAGGAGUAAACAGCCUCAGUCAGGCUGCAUCUACUAGUGAUGUAAAGCUCCGUGUUCCUGCAGUUAGUCUUGCACAAAAAGAUGACGAACCUCGGGUGAAGAGAACUCAUAAUCGUGUGCCCAAAACUUCUGGUCACAGUCGACCCAACAAAAGGCAAAAGACUCUACGUGAUAUCUUUCAAGAGAGCUCUGCGAGUAGAGCGGCAGGAGCAGCUUGGACUUCUUCAUCCACCCCAACAAAGGCCAGCACUGCAGCGAACACCCAGGUCAGUGAGCCGGACCUCCCUCCCGAGAUAGACGCAAGCGUCUUCCACGCCCUGCCGUCCAACAUACGGAGAGAAGUCCUCGCCGACUUGCAGCGUUCUGUCUCAGAAAGCAGCACAAACGACGCACAAACAGCACAGCAGUUGGACGUGACUGCCAAAAGAGUAAAUUUACCUAACAUGGCAGCAAGCACAGCUGACAUAAAUUUCGAAACGGAGCAUUUGGGCUCAGACAAAGACUUAACAAUUGCAGAAACUACAUUUGGAGUCGCGAUGAGUACCCGCAGUGUUUUGGCAGUUUCAUCCACAAACGAUCAACACACUGGGGAAUCUCAUGAACUGUCUGAUAGUGAAGCACGCAGUCCGUCUGAGCGGUCACGUGCAGUGGAACUCCUGGAGUUGAGCUCGCUGCCUGCAGACGUGGACCCACAGGUAUUCACCCAGCUUCCCGCCGAGCUGCAGGAGGAGCUGUUUGCAUCAUGGAGGGGUCCGGCUAUUUCCACGCAACCCGGUUGUCAAAAGAGUGGUGAGACAGGAGCAGCGAUAGUGGGCGGCUUGCAGAGCCCGCAGGGCAUUCUGAAAUAUUUUAAAAGGGCAUGAGUUGUCCGUGUUAAACCCGGCACGUGUUAUGGCUAGGUCUGUGCAUGCUUGGCUUGUAAAUACUACACUGUGACUAUAGAGUUUAUGUGUGCGUAUCAAGUUAAUCACAUUGUCUAGCACUGGAAUGGAUAUCAAGAGGUAGGCAACCAUAGAGAAAACUGAAGCCAGAUAAUGGGAUACUUUAAGAAUGGACUAUAAAUGUUGGGGGUAUAUUGUAUAAAAGUUGAGGUAUCUGGCAAGAGAUUAAUUGCAAAAUUUGGUGCCGUCAACAACACUGGCUAUGAUGAUCUCAUGACACUGCCCAAUCAGCCACGUCCUCUUUACGUUUUGCAAAUUCUGUGAUGUCUCAGAGAAAAUAUUGCAAAUAUUGAAGGCUUAGUUUAAAUUAUGGCAAGAGAAACAUACAAAAACUUCCCAGAGAUGUCUUGCCAACCAAGGCAGUCGAUACCAGGACUGAUUACAGCCAUAAAGUGGAUUUUCAAUACUUUUUGGUUCUUUCGGUAAAGUCACGUAGGUAUAAAAUAAAAUAAAUCACGACGUUUCGGGUGCAACACAAGCGUCCGUCAUCAGGUGGGAAAGCAAGGCCUGCUGCUGAUGCAUGCUGCAUCAGCAGCAGGCCAUGCAUCAGCAGCAAGCCAUGCUGCUGAUGCAUGCUGCAUCAGCAGCAGGCCAUGCAUCAGCAGCAAGCCAUGCAUCAGCAUGCUGCAUCAGCAUGCUGCAUCAGCAGCAGGCCAUGCUUUCCCACCUGAUGACGGACGCUUGUGUUGCGCCCGAAACGUGAUUUAUUUUAUUUUAUACCUACGUGACUUUACCGAAAGAUCCAAAGAGUAUGGAUUCCUGCAGUCACGAAAGCUUCAAAUCAAGAUUGGAUUUCCAAUGCCUAAUUGAAUGUGGAAUUAGCAGAUGGCACCGCAGCAAAAUCCAUUAUACUGUACUAUGGUUCAACAGCCAUGCUCCCGACCUUUACUAACAACCGCAAUCGCCACUAAGUGGCAGUGGCAUCACCAUGGCGCUUUUGCCAGACUAGGUGCACCUUCAUGCCACGUGAUGUCAAAGGCUUUCUGGCAGGACACGGGACAGACCCAGGUUCCAUGGGUUGACAGAUGCACCACCCGCGCUGAUCCAGCUGCCCAGGAGCACCUUUCACGAGCCUGCUCCAGACGUCGAUCUUGACACCUUUACGUUUAGCUGCCUCAGUUCAGCCAAACGGAAGCUGCUUGGGCAUGUGGUGGCUGGGCAUGCGGACGACAUGAUACAGCCAUCGCACUAACCAGCGUGCUGAAGUCAAGUCAAAUAACCCUCAUGACACACAUGGUGUGGGGAAGCCCUCAUCCAGCAGUGGAUUGACAAAAGGGCUGUACAUGCACAUGGGUUCUCUACUUCUAAAAGCGCUAUAUAAAGCUCAUUAAUCUUUAUUUGAAGUGUUUGUGACUGCAGCAAUCCAUACUCUGGUUAUUUCGGUAAAAUCACAGAGGUAGAAAAAUAAAAUAACCAAAGAGUAAAGCUCAUUAGGCUAAGAAACCCAUUGACAGUGACUCAACAGUAUGAUCGUGCAGUUUUAUGUACUUGUCACUGUUCUGUCUUGCCUGUAAUUACCAGUUGCCAUUAGUCGUUUGUAAAAAUAAUCAAGUUUAAGUGCCUUCAGUACUUUAUGUUAUACUUAAUACUGUAUUUUUGCUAUUUGAUGCCUUUGUCAUGUUACUUGCUUUAUAAUAAAUCUGACAAUGCCUGCUGCACAUAACCAA